UUCUACUAUGUGAUCUGCACUGGCAACGUCGCGUAACACCAUCGUCAACGGCUGUCAAUGUAGAAAUUUGAGGUUAUUUAACUUGAGGUGUGCCAAAUUCCAAAUAAUUUGUGGCAGAGUAUUGUAUGUUACAGAAAAUCGCAGAAACAAUUAGCUUAUACUGUUUAUGAAUCGCUGCUAAUAGUGUCUAGGCCACGAGCAUGUCAGGAAAAUUACCAGAAUCGAUAUUAUGAGUGCUUAUUACGCCCAAGGGAGCCCGAGUAGAGAGUCUGGGGUGGUAAGCGACUGCGACGCAAUGGCGGAGUUAGCAGCUCUGCUACGAUCCGAAAUUCCCGAGGGUCGCAGCAACCUCACAGAUAACCACACAAAUCUUCAACGAGUGGCUGAAUACUGUGAAGCCAAUUACUUUCAAAAUGAAAACAAACGAUUGGCACUGGAAGAAACGAAAAAUUACACCACACAAUCCUUGGCUAGUGUUGCUUAUCAGAUCAACACAUUAGCAUAUAAUUUCUUGCAACUGUUGGAACUGCAAGCAGCCCAGUUAGCAGAGAUGGAGAGCCAAAUGAAUCACAUUUCACAAACUGUCAUGAUACAUAAGGAAAAGGUAGCAAGAAGAGAGAUUGGUGUGUUAACAGCUAACAAGAGUACAAAUAGGCAGUAUAAGAUUAUUGCACCUGCAAACCCUGAAAAGCCAAUUAAAUAUUUAAGGAAGCCAAUUGAUUAUACAAUAUUUGAUGACAUUGGACACGGUGUCAGGAGUGGAGGUACACCAAGGCAAAAACAAAGGGGUUCCAGUCAAGGAAGUAUCCAGUCAUUGAAUUCAAUGUCAGGCAACAUGGUUGGACCUGCUCCUACUACCAAACCUCCUACACCACCUCAAGUAUCUAGAACAUCUAGCAAAGUCUCAACGGGCACCCUGAGCAAAGGCAGCCGGGAGUACCGCACCCCUCCCGCCGUUGCGCCGCCCCAAGUGCCCAGUCACUACGCCCCCAAUUACCCUCUCGGCCAUCCCAGACGUGGGGGUGGCGAUCGAGCGGGCUACGGCACGCUGCCGAUGACUGGAGGCGGACAGCAACAACAGCCACAGGUCGGAAUGGUACAUCCGGUACAGCAGCAACAGCCGCAGCAAAGGGAGAGUGGAGGCGGGUAUGGAGAAGGACAUUUAAGUAUGCCACCGCCACCAUCACCACUACUGCAACAACAAGAACAACACCAGCAGCUGCAGCAUCAAUCUGUUCCACCUCAGCAUCCAUUCAUGCAGACUCAGCAUGCUCCAGUACCUCAAGGGUCACUUGGGAUGCAUACAUUGUCUCAUGCACAGGGUCACCGCAUCUCCCAGCAACUUGCCGCCCACAUGGCCGCGCAACGUCAGUCCUCUGGGGCGGGCGGUCAGUCUCCUCCCCUUCCACCGCCUCCGCCACCCGAAGACGAGGAACAUGAAGGGUUCGGCAGGGUGAGAGUGGCCGCCAUGGGGGCGGGCGGUGGUGGAGGCGGCGGUGGUGUGAUGCCCAUCGUGCCGGACGAAGAGGAUCUGCCUGGAUGGGUGCCCAAGAACUACAUCGAAAAAGUCGUCGCCAUCUACGAUUACUACGCAGACAAGGACGACGAGCUGAGUUUUCAGGAAAGCGCUGUCAUAUACGUAUUGAAAAAGAACGACGAUGGAUGGUGGGAGGGAGUUAUGGAUGGAAUUACAGGGCUCUUCCCUGGCAACUAUGUCGAACCCUGUGUCUAAAUUAGCAUAAGCAAAUAAAGAUUUAUUUAUUAGAUAAUUUAAUCGAUUACAAGUGGGUUUGGGGUCAUGUUGGACGGAGGUUACUUGAUAUGUAUGUCAUCAUACACGUUAAUAGAAACUUUAACAUAAUGGAGUAUUCCCUAUCUGGACAAAUGUACUUUUAACAAGCAUGAUGCGAUUUAUCGUUGAAAAAAAAUAUUAGAAAUUCGUAUAUUGGAAGAGAACUCUUGUUUCCCGCCGAUUGAAUCAUUUCAAUUAGCCCCUAGGAUUUGUUUUUUAUCUCGGUAUAUCGAUAAAACAUUACAUGUGAAACUCAUAACGUUAGAGAUUGAAGGAUAUUUUCCACAUAACUGAUUGAAGUCUAAUCUCAACGGUAGAAGUAGUAUUCUAGGACAGGGCAUGAAAAAAUUGAUUCUGCCAGGAUUUAUGACAUACUGCUAUAAAUUUCAGGCAAGCUUUGAUAUUUCAGAGAAAAAUAAAGAGAUAUUUAUUAAAAAUAUUUCUAAUAUAGUUUUUGGAAGUAAGCUGUCCAUAUUCCUUCGAAAUGAAAAAAUAAAAAAAAAACUUCGACAGAAUUCUUAGACUAAGAAUAAAAGAUCGUUGUCACUGGAACAAAUAUUACUUCAUUCUAAAAUGAGCAGGCCUUUACUCUUUCCUAAAAAAGCAUUGAAGCUCCGACGAGUGUCACUUAGCAACCAUUUUGGGUAUCUCUAUUCCAGUCUGCCAUACUCAGUUAUCAAAUGCAAUAUUUAUCUACUAAUUCGUAAGGAAAACGACAUAUUUAUAUAUUUGACUAAAACAUAAUGCGGUGAUCCUUUUUUGCAUAUCUGUUACACCUCGAACUGCUUUUGUUGAACAAAAUAAUAUUAUGAAUUAGAUUUGUUUACUGCUGACAAUGUAUUUUGAUGUUUUGUAUCGUAGGAUUCGCAGCCGACAUACUUCUCGCGAUUCUUGAACAAAAAGUGUGUCCAUCCAACACGGCCCCGAGUCUCCAAAAUAUAAUUUUUAUUCAUAUUUAUCGUUCUCUCGAAGAUUUAAGGAUAUCUUCGUGUCUCCUUCUCGAAGUAAUGAAUCGACCCGGUACACUGAGACAUAAUGCAAUAUUUAAAAUAUAAACUGUUUCCAAAAUAGUUGCCUUUUCCUCAUAACAAAUUAGACUGUCAUUCCUAGCUGCCAAGUGUGAGAAGAAUCGAUAUUAGACCUUAAUACAAUUUUAGCAUAAUUAAGGGAUGUUUUAUAUACUUUGUUUACCUAUCAACUCUUACUUUGAAAAAUAUAUUUUUAUUAUAAUUUGUAUCUAAGCACCUAGUAAAUUAAAUGAAAAAUAUUGAAUGCAUACCUGAAAUUAUUUAGGCUGGUACUAUUGUUAUAUGACAUUGCACGAUUUGUCUAUGUAAAAUGCUUAUUAUUAGUUAUAUUUUCAUUGUUAAUAUUAUUAUGGAGCAGAUAUAAUAGCAAUUCCCAAUAAAACUUACAUAUUUGC